UGCAGAUGUGAAAGACUGAGGCAGGGUGACUACACAGAGCUCAGCCCCAAUGUCCUCCAGCACGAGAUCCAUGCAGGCACCACAGGAUAAAGAUGACGUUGCCUACCAGCCCUGGUACCACGGCCAGCUCUCUCGACAGGAAGCUGAAGCCCUUCUAUUACAAGAUGGCGACUUCCUUGUCCGUGCCUCUGAGUCCCGUGGGGGCCGCCCUGUAAUCUCCUGUCGUUGGCGAGGCAAGGUCCUACAUUUUGAGGUGUUCCAAGUGGCACUGCGCCCCAGGCCUGGUCGCCCACAGGUCCUCUUUCAGCUAGAAGAUGAGAGGUUUGCCAGUAUGUCCGCCCUCGUCCGCAGUUACAUGACUAGCAGGCGCCCACUGUCCCAGGCCACGGGAGCUGUGGCUUCCAAACCUGUGAGUCGUCGGAGGCCGCUGACACGCAGCUUCAGUGAGGUUGUGCUCACAGACAGCCUGGCUCCCACCAGGCCUCUCAGGGCUAGGAAAUGGAGUUCCAGCGAGCCUGCAGAUCUGGACCAUUCAGGAAGGCGCAAAGAUGGUGCCAGAGCAGGAGCACCCCCUACUUUUGGCUGUGCCCUGCACCGCACAGGCAGUGAACCCACACUGCUGAAGGCCCUGCCUCACCUGAGAACUAUGACAGACAGCCUCAGAGCCUCUGAUGGGCAACUUCACGCAAAGCCUCCCUCCAAGCCGCUCCGGACACCCUCCUUGGCCUCUGGACAAUCCCCAACGUAUUGUGAACUCCUCCCCCGAGUGCCCAGUGCUCGGAGAACAACUCCUAGACCAGGCUGCCCAGAGCGAGAGGUCCAUUGGUGGGAAGCCGAGGAGGAAGAGGAAGAAGAGGGGGACAGAUGCUUCGUAAGACCACAAGCUGAGGUCUCAUUUUGUCCCCCUGUCCACACUUCCCACCUGCUGGGCCCCCAUAAUCGGCCCUUGGAUCCUGCAGUCCUGCGCACCCUCCGGAACAUGUUUGUGGCACACCACCCUGGGAGUACUGCUCUGCACCUGCUGUUGGUGGACUGCCAGGCUACAGGCCUACUGGGGGUGACCAAGAGUCAGCGGAGUGCCAUGGGCGUCGCCUCUGGUCUGGAACUACUCACACUUCCUCAUGGCCAUCGCCUGAGGUUGGAGGUGCUGGAGAGGAUUGAGAUGCUGUCUUUGGCCGGGGCCCUAGCAGUGCUGGGUUGCUCGGGGUCCCUGGAGGAGCGCACAGCUGCUCUGAAAGGCCUUGUGGAGCUAGCAUUGGCGCUGAGGCCAGGAGCGACAGGGGACCUGCUGGGACUGGCUGGGGUCAUGGGCGCCCUGCUUAUGCCCCAGGUGUCCAGGUUAGAGAGCACUUGGCGUCAUCUACGAAGGAACCACACGGAGGCUGCGCUGGUCUUUGAACAAGAGCUAAAGCCUCUGAUGAGGGCUCUGGAUGAAAGUACAGGACCCUGCAACCCAGGAGAGGUGGCCUUGCCUCACGUGGCACCGGUAGUGCGCCUGCUGGAGGGCGAGGAGACCUCUGGGCCGCUGGAGGAGUCCUGUGACCGUCUGCUGCGCACCCUGCUUGGGGCCAGACAGGUGGCUCGCCAUGCACUCCGGUUCCGCAGGGCGGCUGCCCGGCGCCUGCAAGGAUUCAGGCCCAACCCAGAACUAUGGGAGGCCCUGACCACCAGUUUCCUGCGCCGCCUACUCUGGGGAAGCAAGGGGGCCCAGGCCAACAGAACCGACCGCCGGCAGAAGCUCCAUCACAUCCUUAGCAUCCUGUCCCAACAACUAGAGCCACGUGGCUGAGGGGUCCAGCCCCCAGCCAAGAGACUGGGUGCAAAAGCUGCCUCCUUUUUAACCAAAAGGCCUACUCGAGUAUCCAGAGACCGACCCUCACACUCCAGGAUGCAGCUGGGUUACUCAGAAAGCAGCC